AUGCGCUCUCUGCUUGAUCUCCACGACGACGUCCUCCUUCAAAUCCUCUGCCACAUCGACGGCAAAGACGCCCUGCACUUCUGUCUCUGCUCGAAGCGUGCUUACCAUCUCGCUAUUCCCCGAGUCCAUGCGACCCUCAGGAAGACUACUUACAACAACGCGGAUUUUGCAGUAUGGCGGGACGCCCUCCUCUCCUCGGAUCCUGCGUCAGGAAAACCACCGGUCUCGGUUUUGUCCUCUUUGGUGCUGGUUCAACAUGGUCAGAAACAUCAAAAGGUUGUCGGCGCUGGAUUAGUCGACGUUCUGGUCCAUGCUACACGCCUACACUCCGUCGCCGUCCUCUUCCAGUACGGCCUAGAAACCAUCGCUCCUCGGCUCGGAGAAGCUCUGGGCAUGCUAAGAUCUCUGCGCUCACUGGAAUUGGGCGACUUCGGUCCAGCUACUCUGUAUAUGCUGAGCUUUUUGCCUAACGCCCGCAGGAUCGAAUCACUCGCUCUCUCUCAGCAGUUCGAAGAGAGUCCCGAACCGCGUCCUUACCUCCCACUGGCAACCGUUCUUUCGCGAUUCAGCCGACUGCAAUUCCUGAAGCUCCACAUCAAGCGAGGCAUCAUUCCUCUCCUUGACCCCUCCGUCACAUCCGAAACCGUCAAGGGCCACAUGCUUCCCAGUCUACGUCGCCUUCUUAUCGUCGACUUCUCCCCUUGCACCAUGAUCGACCUCGUCCCUCUGUGCCCAAACGCGUCUUGCGUCUCCUUCCUAUCAAUCUUACCAUACGGGAGCCAGUACAGAAACAUUGUGGGAGACCUCCAAUGGCCUCCUCUCCGCAAUUUUAAGUCCUGCACCGGGUCCUUCGAAUGGGUUGACCCCUUGCUCCGACCACCCCGACCAGGACUCGUGAGCCGCCUCGUCCACGGCUUCCCCGUCCAUGUCUUCGCAUCCUCCUUCGCUCUGGAGCGAAAGGACCUCUUGUUGUUCAAUUUCUUCCGUGCUGUCCACCCGAGCGCUCUCGUGCUCGACGUCGAUUUUAUCACCCGCGGGACAAAAACGGUGAAGUUAGCCGAUGCCUUACGGAUGGAUCCGCCCUUGCGCUCGUUGGAGCUGCGGUUCCGCGAGCCCGGCCGGUACCUGAUGACGCUCCCCGCCGCUUUGCGGAACCUCUCGCUGGUGCAUCUGGCCGUACACAUCGUUAUGGGAAAUGUCGAGGGCCAGGAGACCGAACCCGCCGUGACUCGGGCGAAGAUCGCGACCGCACUCAGACCCCGGCCCUUCUUUGACGCACUGGCGACGCUCCGCGUGCUCGGCAUCGGGGACGAGAUGCUGAACACGUACGAUGCCGACAACGAUGGAUUGCCGGAAGACCCGCAAGCACCAGACGAUCCGCGGCCUCGGCGGACGAGGUGGUGGUGGCACCUGUACCUCACGUUUUGA